GUAUAUUUUUUUCCGUUUAAAUAGAUAAUUAAACAAAACUCGUGUUUUUAAGGAUGAAUACCCUUGGAAUGAGGAUGCACGACUCUUGUGCUCUAGAAGUAGCAGCGGUUGUUUAAAAAAACCCAACUCAUAAGCGUAUACAUUUGAGGUCUGGGUGAGCUUUUGUGUCAACUGGAGUAGUGGCUACUGCAUAUUAAGAUAAGUAUGUUUGAUUUGGAGAGCGAAGUACCCCCUCUUCCCCCGAAGUAUAGAUUCAAGGACCUACUCCUCGGUGACCAGAAUUUACGGAAUGAAGACAGGGUCCAAGUUGAAUUCUUUCCAAAUGAAUGUACUUUCAAAGGGAGGCUUAAACUUUUCUUCAUCAAAAACCAAAGGUCAAGCCUGAGAAUAAGAGUGUUUGACUUCUCCCUGAAGGUCUUGAGUUGUGUCUUGUACAUGUAUCGGGUGUUAGCCGAAGACCCAGCAAAAGAACACGGCUGCUUUGGAUGCCCCAUAAAAAAUUAUACAUUUUUAUAUAUUGACUGGUCCUCCAUUAUAUGGGUCGAACGAAGUUUCUUCAUAUGGGUUUUACAGGUGUUUGUUGCGAUUAUUUGUCUUUUUGAAACACUUCUGGCGACCUACUUGAGUUGCAAGGGGAGCAUUUGGGAGCAGAUACUACAGUUUAAGUUCAUCCUGGAGAUGGUUAACACAGUGCCUUUCCUGAUUUCCAUCAUCUCUGUCCCGCUUCGGAACCUCUUCAUCCCUGUGUUCCUCAACUGCUGGUUGGCCAAGAAAUCCUUGGAGAUCAUGAUUAAUGACUUCCAUCGUGCCACUCAGAGAACACAGUCUGCCAUGUUCUACCAGGUGGUCAUCCUCAUCUCCACUCUGUUUUGCCUCAUAUUCACCUGUAUCUGUGGCUUCCAGCACCUGGAACGAGCGGGAGAGAAGAAGCUGACUGUGUUUGACUCCUGGUACUUCUGCAUUGUCACUUUCUCCACGGUGGGCUUCGGCGACGUCACGCCCAGUGUGUGGCCCUCCAAGCUGCUGGUGAUCAUCAUGAUCUCUGUGGCCCUGGUGGUACUGCCCAUGCAGUUUGAGCAGAUGGCCUACCUGUGGAUGGAGAGCCAGAAGUCUGGUGGGAACUACAGCCGCCGCCGGGCCGAGUCGGAGAAACACGUGGUGCUGUGUGUCAGGUCGCUCAAGAUAGACCUGCUUAUGGACUUCCUCAACGAGUUCUACGCCCACCCUGAGCUGCAGGUGACCAGUGUGUCAUCAUCCUGUGUGUUCUCUCAUCCAACCAAGACCAGUGUGUCAUCAUCCUGUGUGUUCUCUCAUCCAACCAGUACCAGUGUGUCAUCAUCCUGUGUUCUCUCAUCCAACCAGUACCAGUGUAUCAUCAUCCUGUGUGUUCUCUCAUCCAACCAAGACCAGUGUGUCAUCAUCCUGUGUGUUCUCUCAUCCAACCAGUACCAGUGUGUCAUCAUCCUGUGUGUUCUCUCAUCCAACCAGUACCAGUGUGUCAUCAUCCUGUGUUCUCUCAUCCAACCAGUACCAGUGUGUCAUCAUCCUGUGUUCUCUCAUCCAACCAAGACCAGUGUGUCAUCAUCCUGUGUGUUCUCUCAUCCAACCAGGACCAGUGUGUCAUCAUGCUGUGUGUUCUCUCAUCCAACCAGUACCAGUGCAUCAUCAUGCUGUGUGUUCUCUCAUCCAACGAGUACCAGUGCAUCAUCAUACUGUGUUCUCUCAUCCACCAGGAGCACUGCGUCAUCAUCCUGUGUGUUCUCUCAUCCACCAGGAGCACUGCGUCAUCAUCCUGAGCACUAUGUCAUCAUCCUGUGUGCGACAGAGAUGGAUCCCCAGGUGCGCCGGGUCCUCCACAUCCCGUUGUGGUCCCAGAGGGUCAUGUACCUCCAGGGCUCCGCCCUCAAAGACAAGGACCUCAUACGAGCCAAACUGGACAAUGCCAAUGGCUGUUUCAUCCUGAGCAGUCGCUGUGAGGUGGACCGUACAGCAGCCGUAUGUACAGUGGACCAUCAGACCAUCUUGCGUGCUUGGGCUGUGAAGGAUUUUGCUCCGAAGUGCCCCAUUUAUGUACAGAUUCUUAUGCCGGAGAAUAAAUUUCAUGUGAAAUUUGCAGACCAUGUGGUGUGUGAAGAUGAAUUCAAGUACGCCAUGUUGGCCCUGAACUGCAUCUGUCCGGCGACAUCCACUUUCAUCACCCUACUGGUCCACACCUCACAGGGCCUGGAGGGGAGCCAGUCUCCAGUGCAGUGGCACCAGACCUACGGCACGUGUUCGGGGAACGAGGUCUACAACAUCGCCCUGAUGGACAGCGUCUUCUUCUCGGAAUACAUUGGGAAGAGCUUCACCUACACCUCCUUCCACGCACAGAAGAAGUAUGGUGUGUGUCUUAUCGGGGUGCGGUGCAAGGACAGUAAGAGCAUCCUCCUGAACCCCGGGCCCCAGUUCAGGAUGAGUCCCAGUGACACCUGUUUCUACAUCAACGUCACCAAGGAGGAGGAGUCCACCUUUAAGACCCAAAGGACCCGUCUAAGUGUCAUCGCUGAUAUGGGUCAGAAAUGCAAUGUGGCCGUAGAUCUUCAGGACAGGGAGAUCCAGCCCAGCAGUGGACCCACACUCUGUCUCCCCCCAGAGGACAUUAAGAGUAGUGGCCGGAGGCCCAGCAUGGACUCUGUGUUGGGGGUUCCAGACCCCUCCUUCCUGCACGCAGGUGACCUCAAUAGCGACCAAUCAGAGGACGAAACCUUGCCCUCCAACAAGGACCAAUCAACAGAGAAACACAUGAAAGGCUAUCCUCCCAACCUGCCCUACAUCGGUAGCUCUGCAACACUGUGUCAUCUGCUGAAGGAUAAAGUACCAUUCUGUUGCCUCAGACUGGAAAAGGGCUGUCAGCAUAACAACUUUGAAGAUGCCAAAGCGUACAGCUUUAAGAACAAGCCCAUCAUCGUGUCAGCCGAAACAGCAGGGAAUGGGCUGUACAACUUCAUUGUUCCACUUAGAGCUUCCUACAGACUAAGGAAAGAUCUGAACCCUAUUGUGUUGCUUCUGGAUAACAAGCCUGGCACCCCCUUUCUGGAGGCCAUCUGUUGGUUUCCCCUGGUCUACUACAUGGUUGGCUCCAUCGCUAACCUGGAUGACCUCCUUCGCUGCGGUGUGUCCUUUGCAGCCAACGUGGUGGUGGUGGACAAGGAGAGCACCAUGAGUGCAGAGGAGGACUACAUGGCUGAUGCCAAAACCAUUGUCAAUGUUCAGACACUGUUCAGGUUGUUCUCCAGUCUGAGAAUCAUAACGGAGCUGACCCACCCUGCCAACAUGAGGUUUAUGCAGUUCAGAGCCAAGGACUGCUAUUCCCUGGCUCUCUCUCAACUGGAAAAGAAAUCGAGACUCAUCAGACCAGGCAACAUUCUUCCAGUCUUCAACUGUCCAAUUUUGAAAGAGCGGGAGACAGGCUCCAACAUGGCCUUCAUGUUCCGCCUGCCAUUCGCUGCUGGGAGGAUCUUCAGUAUCGGCAUGCUGGACACUCUCCUCUACCAGUCGUUUGUCAAAGACUACAUGAUCUCCAUCAUCAGGCUGCUACUGGGCCUGGACACUACUCCAGGGUCUGGCUUCCUCUGCUGUAUUCAGAUCUCAGAGGAGGACCUGUGGAUCCGGACAUAUGGCAGGCUCUAUCAGAAACUGUCCUCCACUGUCGGAGACGUUCCCAUUGGCAUCUACAGGACAGAAUCCCAGACAGAGGAUUCCUUGGAGGCUCAGCUCUCAGUGUGCGCCGGGAUGUCAGCGACGACGGGUGACUUUGACGACCUCAAGGAGCAGAAGGGCGGGGCACCUCCUGCGGCGUCCGGCGGUCUCCACCGAAGCUCCACCUCCAGUGACCCUUCUGACAUCAAGGCCCCCCUGCUGCGGAGAAAGAGCGUGCAGUGGGCGCAGAAGCUGAACCGGAGGGGGCCGCGGGGGGACCAGCGGGGGGCUCAUAAGGGGAGCAAGCGGAGUCUGAGGACCAGACGCUCCGAGAGACAGGAGCUGUCCGAGCUGGUCAACAACCGGAUGAAGAGCCUGGGACUUUCGUCGUCCACUCAUGAUGAUGUCAAAGCAGACCAGAGCACUCAGUCACACUCGUAUGUGUUAAUCAACCCACCUCCUGAAACACGACUGGAGCUGAAUGAUAUGGUGUAUGUCAUCCGACCAGACCCUCUGGGCUUCAUCCCGGUGGCUGUGGACACCACUGACAGUCUGGGGAGCAAGACAAGUCUUGGGGAACCCGCCCAGACGGAGACUCCCCUCUGAACCAUACCUGCAUUUGUGCACGUGGACGCGCACACACAGAUCGCCUCGCGCUAGUGACUCCUUGUGGCGGCUCGGUCACCUGUUAGCUCGAUCGAGGUAGAAGGCCCGGGGAGUGUGUUCCUUCCAGCGUGUUCCGGGGAUUUCUGUCUAAGCUUCCUGGUUGAACGAGCAGAGUGACAACGACCCGAACGGCGGCAGAUGUGCUUCAGAAGGCAUCUCACAAGUGUCUGGAGUUCACCGGGAGUUGCUGUGAAGAAGCAGGGUCUCCAUCACAAACUGGAUAUUGCACAUUUUUGGGAAAAUAUAUUAUAUAAAAAGCAGUACAGUUAAUAUAUUCUCUAGAUACAUAUUGUCUGUAUGUAUUCUAUAUCUACUGCUCAGUCUGUCACUAACUUGACACUGAUGCCAUAUUUCUAUAGUAGCGUGUUUGCGUGUACAAGCUCCUCUGGGUCGUCAGACUUUGUCCUCAAAGUACAGUGUAAAGCACUCCAGGUUAUAUCUAAUGCGCUGUCCAUUUAUCCAUUCAACUCACACAUGUAUUUUACUAUUGCGCACCUGUUAAAUGUUUGUCUUUAUUCAUACUGACGCUCAUAAAUUAUUGAGUGUUUGCACUUGUUCUCUCUGCACAUUCUGGAAGCAACUACGCAGAUCGUUUCGACCUGGGGUUGGGGAAUGUAGUUCUUCAUAACAUUUCAGGUUCAGUUCGGGGUUCAAUGCAAAACAGUUCACACUAUCACAGACUUUUAAAUUAUUAUAUGCAAUCCUUGAUAUGCACGUGGUAUGCAUGAGGAAAAUGCCUUUAUUGUUCUCCAACACAACAGGAGAGCCGAAAGAAUCUGCAAUUGCCUGAUUUCAGUCUGUCUCGAGGGCACACGUUUUAAUAUCACGGCAUAGUUGAAUGGAAUACCCACCAUCGUUUUAUUUCAAAUAAGUGUGGUAGCUUGCAGAUCGAAUGAUGAACUAACAGAUUUCUGUUGAGGUAUAUAUGCAGUGCAUCUGUAUUCAUGUCAUGUCGUAAUGUUUUGCACUAUGCAAUUUAGGGACCUGAAUGGUGAUAAGGAUCUGACUUAUGCUAUUAAAAUGUAUGUGUCGUGUAGUCAGUGUUUCAUGUGUUUUUUUUUUUUUUUCUGAAAUGGCAAGUUAAUUAAAUCAGUCAAUCCGUAUAGCGG